UCCUCCGCUCCAUCCACUGCCUCACCCCCUUCUUCUCCUGCUUGCCAGAUUUUCUCACAGUUUCGCUGCAUCCUUACGACCAUAGUCACUAUGGUGAGAGAUGAUCUCUGCAUCACAAUUCCUAGCUUCUUCAGGUGCCCAAUAUCGCUCGACGUCAUGAAAUCCCCCGUCAGCCUCUGCACCGGCGUGACGUACGAUCGUUCCAGUAUCCAACGCUGGCUCGACGACGGCAACAACACCUGCCCCGCCACCAUGCAGGUGCUCCAAUCCAAGGAAUUUGUCCCUAACCUUACUCUCCAGAGGCUUAUCCGGAUCUGGACUGACUCCGUUCGACGACCGAUCGAAUCUGCCGGCUCCCCGGCUGCCAAAUCAGUCCCGUCCCAGGACCAAGUCGUCGACGCUGUCCGAGAUUUGGAAGGCACGAGCGGAAACACUUUGUACUCCCUCGCUGGAAUUCUAUCCUUUGCCGAAGAAUCCGAAGAGAACCGCGAAUUCCUCGCCAACAUAGCUGGAUUGGUACCUUUGCUCGUUGGUUUCCUCGACAAUGUCGAUGGUGGAAUUACUCGGAGCGUUGAAUUUCUUGAGAAAGCUGUCAGGGCUUUGGGUUUGGUCAUUAAUAAAGCAAAAGAUGACGAGACAUUGAGGCAUUCGAUUGUGAAGAGCCAGCAAGGCAAUUGUUUAGCUUCUCUACUUCUUGUCCUGCAACGAGGCAGCUCUGAUUCGAAAAUUGCGUCGGCUAAGAUUUUGAAAUUCGCCGCUAUGGACGUGGAAUCGAAAAUCCUUAUCGCUGAAAAGGAAGGCCUAAUUCAUGAAUUGCUUAAAAUGACGACAUCAGACAAAGAUGCGAUGCUAAUCGAGAACGGCUUAUCCUGCUUGGUGGCGAUCUCAACGCCGAAACGAAACAAGGCGAGAUUAAUCCACCUCGGGGCUGUGAAGAAAUUAUCGGAAUUGCUUUCGGAGUCGAAGUGGAGCGUUUCCAUCACCGAGAAUGUGCUGAAGCUGCUAGAAAUGGUGUCGACGACCAAGGAAGGAAGGUUGCAGAUUUGCGAGGACCCAACUUGCCUGGCAUCGAUAUUGCAGAAGGUCCUGAAGGUGUCAAAUGUCGCAACGGAGCACGCAGUGACUAUACUUUGGAGCGUGUGUUAUCUAUUUCGUGAUCAGAAGGCGCAGGAAGCGGUGACGAAGGCGAACGGUUUGACCAAGAUUCUGCUCUUGAUGCAGAGCAAUUGUUCGCCGGGAGUUCGCCAAAUGUGUGCCGAUUUGCUCAAGAUUUUCAGGGUUAACUCCAAAUCAUGCCUCUCUUGCUACCACACCAAGACCACCCAUAUAAUGCCCUUCUGAUCUUCUGAUCGAUAUUCCCUUUUACAUCUCUUCUCAUUCGAGAAGAAGCACAGAUAAAAGAAAAAAGAGGAGGUUGUAAAUCUAACGAAAUUUUGUUAGUGAAUAGUCAAACUGAAAAGUGAAAUUCAUUUUUAGCUCGUUUUCCUGUGUCGUCCGACUAGAUCUCUCUUUUUUGCCUUUAACCCUGUUCUACACCGUGAAUGUAUGUGUUGUUGAUAUAUCAUAUCACAGCAGAAACUGAAUAGAAAGGUUUUCUUUCCUUCGGACAAAA